ACACUCCUUUCCUCCCCCAGAACCCCAUGAGGCUCCUGGCUUUCCUGAGUCUGCUGACCCUGGUGCUGCAUGAGGCUGGAACAGCUUCCCUCCCAGGGGGGAGGAAAAGAGAAGAGCAUGGCCCUGAGGAAGGAGACACUUACGAAUUUCUGCAUGCGGGGAACUAUGACCUGAGCCUAGAGGACUAUGGUGAAGUCAUUGACCUGAGCAGCUAUGAGGAACCUGCUGACUAUGGGGACCAGAUCUCUGAGGCUAAAUUAGACAGCCAGACUCUUCCCACAAGAACUAGUCCCUCCCAGAGCACUAUGGUUCCAAAGACGCCAUCAUCAAACCUCACAGUGACCAGGCCUACCACCACGGGCCUACCGAACGCCCAGGGCAGUCAUGGCCUGCCUACCUGCCUGGUCUGUGUGUGCCUUGGCUCUUCCGUGUACUGUGACGAUGCAGACCUCGAGAACAUUCCUCCCCUUCCCCGGAUGACCACCUACCUGUAUGCUCGCUUCAACCACAUCAGCCACAUCCGGGCCGGAGACUUCAAAGGACUGACAAAGCUGAAAAGGAUUGACCUCUCUAGCAACUCCAUCUCCUCCAUCCACAAUGACGCCUUCCGCCUGCUGCCUGCCCUGCAGGAUCUGAUCCUCCCCGAGAACCAGCUGGCGGCUCUGCCUGUGCUGCCCAGUGGCCUUGAGUUCCUGGACAUCCGCCUGAACAGGCUGCAGAGCUCAGGGAUACAACCUGAGGCCUUCGUGGCCCUGGAGAAGCUUCAGUUUCUCUACCUGGCAGACAACCUGCUGGACUCCAUCCCUGGGCCUUUGCCCCUGAGCUUGCGCUCCCUGCACCUGCAGAAUAACAGGAUCGAGACCAUGGGAAGGGACGCCUUCUGUGACACCGGGGAUCACGGGGAUCACAGACACGAGCGCCGGCGGCUAGAGGACAUCCGCCUGGACGGGAACCCCAUCAAUCUGAGCCUUUUCCCAGAGGCCUAUUUCUGCCUGCCAAGGCUCCCUGUGGGCCGCUUCACCUAGAUGCCAGCGGCGCUCUCGUCCCAGGUUCUCCUGCUCCAGUUGGAGGGAACCAUCCCCAGGGAGGGAAAACUAACCUGCAAGCCCUGUGGCUGGGGCUCCCCUCUUCCCUGGCUCUGCCUCACCCUCCUGGUUUCUGGCCAUUGAUUUCCGUCCUUUCUAGUUGCUCCAGCAUGUGCAGCCAGCAGAGGGCAGCCUUGUGCAAAGAUAAAUAAAUAAAUAGAGCAAUUA